AUGUCGCUGAGGCUGGUGACAUGGGGCUGUUUCCCUGCUGUGGUGGUGUGCUGGUGGUUUCUGAGCAAUGCUGAUCUCCAGGGGUCUCCUGGUCCUUCAUGGGGGGGGUUAUAGCAGCUAAAUUUACCUCGGGUAGAGAUGGCCACGCUGGACCCCUGGGGGUGCACCUGGAUGCUCCCAGCUCUGCUCUCACCUCCAGAUGCUGAGAAGACCCCGAGCUACUGGAAUAGAGGUGCCAGGAGGAGGCUGGAGCUGGCCCUGGCCUUGCAGCCAGCAGCACAGCGGGCCAAAAACAUCAUCCUCUUCAUGGGUGAUGGCAUGGGGCUGUCCACCAUGUCAGCAGCUCGGAUCUACAAGGGGCAGCUGGCUGGUGCCUCAGGCGAGGAGAGCGUCCUGGCCAUGGAGACCUUUCCCCACACGGCCCUGGCCAAGGUGAGUGGGGCAGUGCUGGGGGGGACACCUCUGCCCCUGCUUGAAACCCCCCUGCACCCAUCCUGCCUCCAGACCUACACCAUCGACCGGCAGGUGCCCGACAGCGCCGGCACGGGCACCGCCUACCUCUGCGGGGUGAAGGCCAACGCCAAGACCCUGGGGCUGAGCGGGGCCGCCGUCUAUGGAAAAUGCCGCAGCACCUUCGGCAACGAGGUGGACUCCGUCCUGCACCGGGCCAGGCUGGCGGGCAAGUCCGUGGGCAUCGUGACCACCACGCGGGUGCAGCACGCGUCCCCCGGGGCCGCCUACGCGCACUCGGCCAGCCGCGGCUGGUACGCGGACGCCAACAUGCCCAGGGACGCGCUGCGGGACGGCUGCAAGGACAUCGCCUUCCAGCUGGUGCACAACACCGACAUCAACGUGAUCCUGGGCGGCGGGAGGGUGUACAUGACCCCCGUGCGGACUCCGGACCCCGAGUACCCAGAGGACCCGGAUCAGAACGGCACCAGGAAGGACGGCCGGGACCUGAUUGCUGAGUGGCUGAGUGCCAGGCAGGGUGCCCGCUACGUCUGGGACAAGAAGGGCCUGGAUGCAGUCGAAGAUGACUCUGUGAGCCACCUGAUGGGCCUCUUCGAGCCCAAGGACAUGAGGUAUGAGCUGAACCGCAACACGUCCACAGACCCCUCCAUCGUGGAGAUGACGGAAAAGGCCAUCCGCAUCCUGCGCAGGAACCCCAACGGCUUCUUCCUCUUUGUGGAAGAUGACCACGUUCCCCGUGCAGGUGGCAGAAUCGACCAUGGCCACCACAGUGGCCGGGCCAAGCAGGCGCUGAUGGAGGCCGUGAUGCUGGACCGGGCAGUGGCACGGGCGGGCGAGCUCACCUCCCCCAGUGACACCCUGACCGUGGUGACGGCCGAUCACUCCCAUGUCUUCACUUUUGGGGGCAGCACACCACGUGGCAACUCCAUCUUUGGGCUGGCCCCCAAGAAAGCCAAGGACAAGCGAGCCUACACCAGCAUCCUCUAUGGCAAUGGCCCUGGCUACAGCAUCCGUGACGGGGCCCGCCCAGCUGCCAGCCUCCCUGCUGCAGAGGACAAGGACUACAGACAGCAGGCAGCCGUGCCCCUGGAGACAGAGACUCACAGCGGGGAAGAUGUGGUGGUGCUGGCCCAGGGCCCCAUGGCCCACCUCUUCCACGGGGUGCAGGAGCAGCACUACAUCGCCCAUGCCAUGGCCUACGCUGCCUGCCUCGAGCCCUAUGCCACAGAGCCUGGGUGCAGGGCAGCCCGCAGGGCUUCCCAUGGCACACAGUGCUCCCCACAGCCCCUGCUCGCCCUCCUGGCCCUCUGCAUGGCUGCCCUCAUAGUGAGGGGCUGAGACUCACAGCUCUGGCUGAGUCCCACUAUGGAAAGGACCAAGGGAUGCAAUAAAGCACAGGUUGUUUGUCUCCAUCUGCCAUACAAAGGUUCACAGUGGUGGUCACCUCCUGAGGUGCUGCCCUGUGCCUGCUUCUCCAGCUGGCUGUGGCUCCUGGUUCUCCCCUGGGACCAGCACUGGAGGCACUGGGGUGAAGGAGAUGAUGAAAUGAGGGUGGAGGGGAGGCAAUGUCCUCCCCAGCUUUGCCCAGUUGUGGCACAGUACACAAGGGCUGGUACAUUCCUGUCAAGGGCCAAGCAAGGAGCAGAGUUUUACUCUGCAUCCAUAGAUUUACUGCUCAAGAAAGCCUGGGCAGAGAGCAGGGUGCUGGGGGCACGAGUGACCUCAUACCCACCGUUAUCCCAGGUCCAAUGCUCAGAGCUGCCCAUGUGGCACCCUGGGACAGGCACUGCCCUGCCUGGCACCACAACACCAUGGCCAGGGCAGGAUUUCCUGCCAGCACUGCACAUCCUCUUGUCCCUGCAUCUGUCUGUGCCCCAAGCACACCUGUCCAGCAGGCACAGGGUGUUGUGCUAAGGAGAUGCCAUCAGCCCAGCCCUGUGGCCUUUGUGCGGCUUUUGUGUGAGUUUUGAACCCCUUCCCUGACCCUCCUAGAGCUGAUCCCUGUCCAAAGUCCCUCCCCAUAUCAGCUGGACUUACAGACACUGCCAGCAGCGCGUGCCUGUUGUCAGACCUCACCAUGCAGCUCCUGGCAUCCGUCACCCUCUGCCUCUGUGCAGCGUUCAGCACCGCUGUCAUUCCAGGUGGGGACAAGGAUGGGAAUGGGUGCCC